CAGCGGGGGGCGUGGCCCCGCCGAGCCAGACGCGAUAAAUAGAGAGCGCGGUGCCGGCAGCCGGCUCAGCACCGCGGACAGCAGCGCCCUGCCCCAGCCCCCGCCGCCGCCGCUCGCCCGCCCGCCCGCCCGCCGCACGCGCCAUGGCCGCGGAGACUCACCUGCAAGGAGUCGAGAUCUCAGCCGCCCAGUUUUUCGAGAUCUGGAAUCACUACGACUCUGAUGGCAAUGGGUACCUGGAUGGGAAAGAGCUGCUGAACUUCAUCCAGGAGCUUCAGCAGGCACGAAAGAAGGCAGGAUUGGAAUUAACACCUGAAAUGAAAGCUUUUGUGGACCAGUACGGGAAAAGUACUGAAGGAAAAAUAGGAAUAGUAGAGCUUGCUCAGAUAUUACCUACAGAAGAGAACUUCCUAUUGUUCUUUAGGUGCCAGCAGCUAAAGUCAAGUGAAGAAUUCAUGCAGACCUGGCGAAAAUAUGACACUGACCAUAGUGGCUUCAUUGAGACUGAAGAACUUAAGAGUUUUUUGAAAGAUUUACUACAGAAAGCAAAUAAGAAGAUUGACGAUUCCAAGCUAACAGAAUACACAGAAAUAAUGCUGAAGAUGUUUGAUUCAAACAAUGAUGGAAAGCUGGAACUUACCGAAAUGGCCAGUUUACUCCCAGUGCAGGAAAACUUUCUUCUUCAAUUUAAGAGUGUCAAAAUGUGUGGGAAAGAGUUCAAUAAAGCUUUUGAGCUGUAUGAUCAAGAUGGCAAUGGAUACAUAGAUGAAAAUGAAUUAGAUGCAUUACUGAAAGAUCUGUGUGAAAAAAACAAAAAGGACUUAGACAUUAACAACCUGGCAACAUAUAAGAAAAACAUCAUGGCCUUGUCUGAUGGAGGAAAGCUUUACCGAACCGAACUUGCUCUUAUUCUCUGUGCCGAGCAGGAUUAGAGACAUCCUGUCACUUCAAUUUAACUAGUGAUAUACUGUUUCAACACAAUAACUGUGCACUAUAAGGGUAGCCUGUACUUUCUUUUAUAUCUGUAAAUUUGAACUGCAUAUAGAUAAUUAGCCAUGAUGUGUGGCAUAUUCUUUUCAGUCUGUUUCUAUACUGUUUGUAAUGUACAGUUUUUGUAAUUAUAAUUGAUAAAGAGUGUCUGUUUGAGCCAGUCUGUAUAUUCAAGAAGAAACUAAAAGAUUUUUUUUGCUUUCAUAAACACAGCUGGAGAAAAAUUUUAAAUUCUGCUGAGACUGUUUUGUUCAUCGUAUUCUUUGACACUUGCAACACUUCUGUUCAAUGACACAUAUUAAGUAAAAGCCCAGAGAGCUCUUUCAGUGUAUGACUAAAUACGGGGUUUUUAAAUGCAGAAUGUAAAAAUCCUGUUUUCAAGUAGGAAGGAUGACCAAGGCUGUUUGAACUGAAAGAGAUUUACCAAACUGGUGAGAAAUAUUUUCAGUAGUCAGAUUACCUGCUUGCAAAUCUAUGCUCCGUGCAGUUUUGCAGUUAAUGAGGAGAGCUUAUGAAUGUAUGGCAUACAGACGUAACAUCUAUAAACAGCGGAUAUCUGGAACAGCUACCAGUGCUGCUGUUCACAACAUGUUUUCCAUUUAGUUGUUUAAUUUCACUAAAUUUAAACAAGUUGAUAAGCAUCUAAGAAAUAAGAGACAUAAUUUCUUGACAAACCUUUAAUCUAUUUUGGAAACCUGGCCACACUACAGAUAGGAUAAUUAAUACACACACACACAAGUGUAACUCAUGAAAACUGCUGUCAGACUAUGACAAUCCGUUUUCUAAACUAUUUGCAUAUUGCAGGUUAAAAUUAUUCUAGUAAACUGCUGUUUUAAAAUCACUGUGUAACCUAUAAUUAAAUUUAAUAUACUAA